CAGGGCAAGCGCUGCUGCCCGGGAGCCUCCGCCGAUGGAGUGUGGCCUGGCUGGCGCGAGCACAGGAGAUGGGCUGGUGAUGAAGAUCAAGCCAGAGAAGCCAGAGUGGAUGCUGCAGACGCUGGUGCCACAGGCCGAGCUUUCCGAGAAGGAUAAGGAAAACAUCUUCCAGCAACAUCGGGGCCUCCCGCCAUGCCAGACCAUGGGGAAGCCUCGGGCCUUGGGACAGGAGGAGACUGGGGGUCCAAGGUGGGCCCCUCCCACUGAGCAGGCUGGGGGGCUGGCAGGCCAGGCUCUUUCUGCCGGCGAGGGUCACUUUGUGUGCCUGGACUGCGGGAAGAGGUUCAGCUGGUGGUCGUCCUUGAAGAUCCACCAGCGCACGCACACCGGGGAGAAGCCGUACCUGUGCGGCAAGUGCGGCAAGAGCUUCAGCCAGAAGCCCAACCUGGCGCGUCACCAGCGGCACCACACGGGCGAGCGGCCCUUCUGCUGCCCCGAGUGCGCGCGGCGCUUUAGCCAGAAGCAGCACCUGCUCAAGCACCAGAAGACCCACUCGCGGCCCGCCACCCACUCGUGCCCCGAGUGCGCGCGCUGCUUCCGCCACCAGGUGGGCCUCCGCAUCCACCAGCGCGCGCACGCCCGGGACCGCCAGGGCGCCCGCCCCGGGCUGCAGGAGUUGCUGCGGGCCGCCGCCGCCCGCCGGGGCUGUCGCCUGCGGCCCGGGCCGCCGCGGGGCCGCCCCGAGUGGGCCUGGCUGGGGCUUUGCCAGGGCUGGUGGCGCCAGGCGGGGGCCCGGGCCGCAGUCGCCGCCGCCGCGGGGCCGGGCGAGCAGCGCCAGUUCAUCUGCAACGAGUGCGGCAAGAGCUUCACGUGGUGGUCGUCCCUGAACAUCCACCAGCGCAUCCACACGGGCGAGCGGCCCUACCCCUGCCCCGAGUGCGGCCGCCGCUUCAGCCAGAAGCCCAACCUGACGCGG